GUGACCCGCGCACCCCCAUCUUUGAGGGGUGUUCUCCCUCCCCCCUGCUGCCCUCUGUUGCCUCUGCUGCUUCGGCCGACCUCCUUGGUCUUGAGUCGGUCGGUGCGGCGUCUGCCCCUAGCGGGAGACGCCGCCCUGGCAAGGGCAAGGGGGGCAAGGGAGCUGGAGGAGCGGGCGGUGGAGGUGGAGGUGGAGGCAGUGGGGGGAGUGGGGGUAGCGGUGGAGGUGGAGGUGGGGGUGGGGGGUUCGGUGGCGGCAGUGGAGGCGGAGGUCGCGGCGGCGGUGGCGGUGGUAGCGGAGGUGGCGGAGGAGGCGGCGGUGGAGGAGGCGGUGGAGGCGGCGGCGGCAGUGGAGGCAGCGGAGGCGGUGGAGGCGGUGGGGGUGGCGGUGGAGCUGGUCGCGGGUCUUUGCAGAGGAGUGGCUCCGGUGGUGGCUCGCGCCAGCAGCAGCAGCGUGGUCGUGCGACCCUGUCCCCUCAGCAGCUCCGUGAGUGGUACACUGCACGCCAGCGGGUGA